UGUGGCCGUGCUCGGUAACGACGAAGGUUACGUAUCCUAGGAGUGCGCUUGCGCGCUGACGUCACGGCCGCAGAAACAGGAAGUGUUUUAUCCAGAGCCGUUGCUGUAGAUAAGAAUGGCCUGCACUAUUGAGAAAGUGUUGGCUGAUGCCAGAUCUCUUGUAGAGAGACUCCGAGAUCAUGACAGUGCGGCAGAGAUCCUGAUAGAGCAAACCACACUGCUGAACAAAAGGGUGGAUGCCAUGAAACAGUAUCAGGAAGAGAUUGAAGUGCUGAACCAGGUGGCGAGACAUCGGCCGCGUUCCACUCUGGUUAUGGGCAUCCAACAGGAGAACCGGCAGAUACGGGAACUGCAACAAGAAAACAAAGAGUUGCGUACAUCUCUGGAGGAGCAUCAGUCUGCGCUGGAGCUGAUCAUGACCAAAUACAGAGAGCAGGUGUUUCGCCUUUUGAUGGCCAGCAAAAGAGAAGAUCCUGCUAUAGUUACCCAGCUGAAAGAGCAUCACACUAAUGAGAUGCAGACGCACAUUGAAAAGAUAAACGAAAUGGCCACCGUGAUGAAGAAAGCCAUCGAGGUGGAUGAAGGCAGACUGUGUGAGGAUGAGGAGAGGAUCAAACGUCUGGAGUUGGAGAACAGCGGCCUGCGAGAGCUGUUGGGCAUCAGCCGUGAGGCGUUUCUUAUUCUGAAUAGGGAUGACACAUCUGACAGCACGUCUCUCUCUCCACUGCUCACCAGCACAGAUGUCAGUCUGAGGAAGAGCUAAAGACUCUUAAAAACUGUAUGAGGUCAAUCAGAGCUGUCCUACAAACCCCACAGUCCUUCAUCAAAGAGGCAUGACUUCAACAUAUUCACUGCCGUUUCACCAUGACGUGAGAUGACUGUUAUGAGGAAUUCUGCAGGUGACCUGCAGCGCUUGAAGGAUUGGCAUUUCUAUCUGAUCACAGAAUUCCCUUUCCAUCAUUCAUUGAUCUUUUAAGCAGCAAGAGACGAACGUCCAAAUCGACUCUGUAUGAAUCGAGCUAAUUGAUUUGCAGAUUGUGACUUGUUUUACCUGAACUUUGGACUUUGUAAGUGAAUGUCACUAUGUGCCAUUUUAAUGAAAAAGGUAUUGCAUUUGGUGACAGUAUUUUGUGUGUAAAGAUGACAGGCUUAUUCUUUGAAAGUGAUUAAAACAGUAAAUUGAA